AAUUCUCGUCUCGCGCUUGUUCGCCACAGGGACAGGGCACAGGCCAACACGCCCGCCUUGGCUGCUCGGCUUGUCGCUUCGGCGACGUGCGUGAUUGCUUUGUACAGUGAUUUCAUUUUUUCUCUUCAUUUUAGUGCUCGCGUACGUGAAGCGCAUUAACGACAGUCGACAAAUUAAAUAUCCUAAAGUGUUCGUACUUAAUUGUUCCGUCCCGAGUUCUCGUCAUCGCCGUCGACGACGUUAUUGUGGUGCUAGGGCGGAUGGAUAUAUUAGUUCCGCAAGUGCCUUUAGUGCCUUCAUAGUGUAUCGACUAUUAAUAAAUAAAUAAAUUCGUAUCGAAAACCAAGUAGUGAAUAAGGAAAUUAAACGAAAACGGGGACUAUCCCGAAAGGAGGAAAGUCCGGUACCAAGACCCGGGGUACCAUCGACGAUUCGACAGUUUCCGAGAGGAAACCGAUGGUAUUAUUUGGGAGCCGGAAAUCCGCGAGAGGAGCCCGUAGUGCCUUGGCUUCAUCGUCAGGUGUACCUGUGUCCUGUACCGUCCGGUACUUUGGUAAGAAUCGAGAGGGAGAAGGAGAGAAGAAAAGAGAGAGUGAGAGGGACGUCGUGAGAAGCAGAGAAGGCAGAGAGACGAGGGCCCGCAGGUAGUCGCGGUCGCAGGCCAAUAAGAUCGGCAAUCGGUGGGCGCACAGUGCAGUGCUUUUCUUUGACGAGCCGCACGGAAUCUGUUGCGAACGGUGGAAUUGUUCUUGUUUUGUUGUCUUGCUAGCGUCUAAGAAAGCAGUGGCCAGUGGUAGUAAAAGAGAAAGAAAAUAAGAGAUAAAAAAGGAUAGAGAAGGCGGUCAGCCGAACCGAGUGGAGUAGGGAGGAGUGCGCGACUCGGGACGGGUCGGACGUGUGUAAGUGCGUACACGUACCCAACACUGAGGCACUCAGAGGCCAAGAACGGAGAUCCAAGAUGGCGCUCAAACAAGAGGUGGACCAGUUGUCCAAGAACAACCUGGUUGUCCGGGUCGACCAAAACUCGGAGUCAGACCUGCAGGCCCUCUUCGACACGGUCCUUAAACCCGAUUCGAAGCGACCCUUACAGGUUCCACUACGCAUGCGAAACUUGCCAGAUUCUUUUUUCAACCCGCCCUCCACCGGAAGCAAGAGCCCCUCUAUCUCACACUCGCGAGAGAACUCUGCGGAUUCUGCAUUCGGCACGGCGGUGGUAGCCGGAUCAGCGGGCGCGGCCGGAACAACUGGUACCGGCGGCGCCUCUGGCGCCGGAAGUGGCACCAACGCCAGCGGUGGUUCCCCAGCCGGGGCAUCCCAAGGCCUCACCGUUGCCCAUCCAAGAGCCCACAGCAGUCCUGCCUCGCUUCAGCAGACCUAUGCUUCAGCUCAGCAACAAACACAACAUGCGCCUCAACCCCAUGCAAGACACCAUCAUCAUCAAAAACAGAGGAGCUACGAUGUUAUUAGUACGGUAGAUGAACUCGGCGAUUUGCCUCAAGGCUGGGAACAGGCGCGCACACCAGAGGGUCAGAUCUACUUUUUAAAGUGA